CGCGACCCGCAGAUUGGAGCGUCGUGGCCUCUGAGACUUGGUGCCCUUCGCCUGCCUGGCUGACACAGGAUCCUGCCGCAGCGCACCCCCCACCCGGGGCUCCCAGCUCAGCCAUGCUGGCCUGUCUGCAGAGGACUCAGAACCCACCUGGCCAGCACCUGGCCUGUCCAAGCAAGAGCCUGGAGCUGCGCAAGUGCGAGUCAGUGGCCAGCUCCAUGCACUCCACCCGCUACCCAAGCCCAGCCGAGCUGGAUGCCUACGCCGAGAAGGUGGCCAACAGCCCACUGUCCAUCAAAAUCUUCCCCACCAACAUCCGGGUGCCCCAGCACAAGCACCUGAGCCGCACGGUCAACGGCUAUGACACCAGCGGCCAGCGCUACAGCCCCUACCCCCAGCACGCCCCCGGCUACCAGGGCCUGCUGGCCAUCGUCAAGGCUGCGGUCUCCUCCUCCUCCUCCUCCUCCUCCGGCUCGGCCGUGCCUGCGGGGCACACCAAGAGUGUGCUGAAGAGUGUGGAGGGCAAGCGGACUAAACUGUCCCCGGCCCCCGUGCGGGUGGGCAUCGCACCCUACCCGGUGCCCAGCGCCCUGGGGCCCCUGGCUUACCCGAAGCCACCCGAGGCACCCGCCCCACCCCCCAGCCUGCCGGCCGCCGCCGCCGCCACCUCGGUGAUCCCUCUGCCGGGCCGGGGCCUGCCCUUGGCGCCCUCCAACCUGCCCUCCAUCCACAGCCUCCUCUGCCAGCUCAACCAGCAGUGCCAGGGCCCGGGGGCUGCACCAAGCGCCUGUCAGGGCGUGGCGGUGCCCCACCCCAGCCCCGCCAAGCACGGCCCGGUGCCCAGCUUUCCUAGCAUGGCUUACUCAGCCACGGCCGGGCUGCCGGACUGCCGGAAAGGCACAGAACUGAGCCAGGGGGCCACGUCGGCCCUGACGCUGGCGGGGGCCACCAAGCCUGCAGGGUAUGCCGAAGGCGGCCUGGACUACCUGCUGUGGCCCCAGAAGCCGCCCCCGCCCCCGCCCCCGGCACUCCGAGCCUACGGAGGAAGCGGCACUGUCACCAGCAAGUCCCCCGAGACGACGUGUGGCGGGCGGGCGUUCGAGAGGGCCAACGGGUCGCCCCACAACUGUGGCGUGGGGCUGCCCACCAGCUUCACCGUGGGUCAGUACUUCGCGGCCCCCUGGAACAGUGUUCUGGUGACGCCGACCAGCGACUGCUACAACCCCACGGCGGCGGCGGCGGCGGCGGCGGCGGCGGCAGUGACAGAGCUCGGGCCAGGAGCGGCCAGGGAGCUAGCGGGGCCUCCCGCCGACGCGCUCUCGGGCCUGGCGAGCAAGAGCGUGUGCAAUACCGCGGUGCUGAGCAGCAGCCUCCAGUCGCUGGAGUAUCUCAUCAAUGACAUCCGGCCGCCCUGCAUCAAGGAGCAGAUGCUGGGCAAGGGGUACGAGACGGUGGCCGUGCCCCGGCUGCUGGACCACCAGCACGCCCACAUCCGCCUGCCUGUCUACAGAUAAGGUCUGCCCGCCCGGCGGGCACGUGGACUGACGGACAGAUGGACAGGGUGCUGGGGGUUGGCAGGCCACGGCACAGGCUGGUUACCCUCCGUCCGGGCUGCUGCGGAAGGCAGGCAGGUUGACCUCACAUACCAGGGCUUCUCCCCCAACUUGCUGCCCCAGGAAGCAGGGGGGGUCCAGGGCUGCCUGCAAGGUCUGUCCUUCCUCCACUGAGGCAGGGAGAGAGGACCUUCUGCAGACAGGAAGUUCCUUCUGGGGCUCCAGCAGAGGCGCUCAGACUAGGGGUGCUCCAGUCAGCACUGGGUUUCUACCCACAAUUCCCUAGUCUCUCAGAAAAGGAGCAGAAGGGAUCCAUAGGAAGUCCCUGGGUCCAAAGUGCCCCCCCUCCACCAACUAAUCCAGGUAAAGACUACUCUGACUCCAGACUCCUAGAGGCCUCAGGACUACCAGCCCCCCCCCUUCCUCCUGACUCUCCCCUCCCCAUCCUUCCUAAUAGGAAUCACGCCCCACCCUCCUCUCUACACCCUGGACCAGCCUCUUCUCUGUUCCCUCCGAUACACCUUAUAGGGCUGCUGGGAACAGCUGGUGCACUGCACAAGGGCACAUUGCCCAGGGAGACUCCCCUUGCAUCCUAGACUUGUAUAUUUAUGACAGUUGUCUGCAUUUCCAGGAAGGGCCACCAUUUCCCUAUUCGCACAAAGAUGUCACAGGGGCUAAAUUCCGACUCCGUUCACACGGACGAUCUUGUCCUUCUUCCAGUGUGGGGUCUCCUGGGAACUACUGAGAGGGUGGCCUACUGGCUAUAACUGGAAUACCCAAUCCAGCUCCUGUUCUGCACCCCCACCCCCAGGCCUGGCCUGCACUGCUGUGGGGGGGUAAGAUGGGCGGGGGAGGGGGGUAGAUGAACCCAAGAAGUCGUCAAGGCCUGCAGUCCCCCGGCCCCAGCCCGGCCCCCUGGCGCUCGCUCCGGAAGCGGUACCGUAUCUCUCCAAGGCCUGUCCAAGCACUAAGUGCAUUUACAAAUCUCUGAGAAUGUUUUUUUAUACUAAAAUUGACCAUUAUAUUCUACUGUGAGAAGUGCAGCCUGCACUAUAUUGUUUUAAAAACGAAGAGAAAGAGAAAAAAAAAAAGAAAACAGAUGGUGUCUCAGCUGUGAGCUCGCUGUGAAGCUAUUUGCUGGCUCCCUCCCUCAGGGAUCCACAGGAGGGCGCCCCAG